AAAAAAAUAGAAAAACGGAAAUCCAAACCAUCGUCGUCCUCGCCCCUUCCCCCCAUCGCCCUCUUCCUCAGAUCUACUUAUCGAUCUACUGCCCAAACCCUAAUCCCUUCGCCCUAAAUCUCGAUUCGAAGGGGAUCGCCAAAUUCGAUCAGAGCUCGUCGCCAUGCGGAGUUCGAUCUCCAACUACAGGGAGAGCCUCUCCCGGAUCGCGAGCGAGGUCUUGGACGGCGAGGACGAGCUCGAGAUCCCCGAAUCCCGAGGCGAGGUCUCGCCCGUCUCUGCGCGCCGCUUCCCGCGGCGAUCCUCGCGGGCGACGCCGCCGCACGGCUCGCCGGUGGGCAAUGGGGCCGAUUCCGAGGCUCAUGGCGAGAUUGCAAAAUACAAAGAAGAAAUUCAGAAGCUUCAAGCAUCUGAGGCUGAAAUCAAGGCGCUUUCUUUUAAUUAUGCGGCGAUGUUGAAGGAGAAAGAGGAGCAGCUUUCUAAAUUACAUGAAGAGAAUGAAUCUUUGAGAAGAAGUCUGGAAACAAAAGUAACUUCUGAACAAUCACUUGCUAAAGUACAGCGGCAUGCUACUGGAGAUAAUUCUCGUUUUGGAAGCCAUGCAGGGAAUGUUAAUAUCCCCAAAAAGGAUGGAUAUAGCAAUGGUUCUGCACAAGCUGUUGCACUAAAUGGCAUGCAUAAACCUGCAAGCUCACUGGGGAUCGAAAAGGAAUAUUUAGAUGUGUUGGAAGAAAAAAACAGAUCUUUGGCAGGAAGACAAGCUAAUCUCGAAUCUCAAAUUAAACAAUUGAGGUCACAACUCGAGAAUGAGCAAGAAAAGGCAACAAUCUUAAAGCAGAAGUUAGAAGAUGAAUACCAGCACAACUCAUCUUUCGAAAGGGAGCUUCAGGAAAUAAAGGCGGACAAGGAGAAGGCCUCAACUGAAAUGAAAGAGUUGCGCAAGGAGCUAAAUGAGAAAGUAUCAGAAUUAAGACGAGUCCAAGAGGAGUUAAACAGAAGGGGCAGUGAAGAAGUAUCAGAUGAAUCUCUACAGCAUUUGAGAAGUGUGAUAUUGAAUCUACAGAAAGAAAAUGCCCAACUAAAGUUAGAGAAGGGCGAGCUUGAAGCAAAUCUGAAACUUAUGACGAGUACAGCUGGGAAAAAAGGUGAUGAAGCUUUUGAUACUCAGAACGAGGAGCCUGACUGGCACAAGGUCAAAGAAGAGAUGUCAUUGACCAUACAUACAUUGGAGGAAGCACUAAAAGAAACUCGCAAAGAACGUGACAAAACAUUGCACCAAUUGGAUCGGCUAAAGCAGCAUCUGCUAGAUAAAGAGCAAGAAGAUUCAGAAAAGAUGGAUGAAGAUACCAAAAUGAUUGAAGAACUCAGAGCAAAUUGUGAAUACCAAAAAAACCAUAUAUUGCAGUUGGAAAGGGCCUUGAAGCAGGAGAUAGCUAAGAGGGAGGAUAUUAAGAAGCUAACAAAUGAUGAACUUCAGAAGUCAAAUGAAAUUAUCCAUGAUUUAAAGCAAAAACUCACGAGCUGUAUGAGCGCACUUGAAUCUAAAAAUAUCGAACUGGUUAAUCUUCAGACGGCCCUUGGACAAUACUAUGCUGAGAGUGAAGCUAAGGAACGACUUGGAAGAGAUUUGGCAUCAGCAAGAGAAGAACUUUCUAAAGUCUCUGAAUCUUUAAAGGUUGCAAAUCAGCAGCUCGAACUAUCAAUAAAGGAGAAGGAAGAGAUAGCUGCUAAACUUUCGCAAAGUGAAAGAAUUUUGGCAGAGGGCAGGCACUCAAUGCAGAAGCUUGAGGAAGACAAUUCAAGACUACGCCGAGCCUUAGAGCAGAGUAUGACGACACUGAAUAGAAUGUCGCUGGAUUCAGAUAAUUAUGUUGACAGGCGCAUAGUGAUAAAGUUGCUGGUGACCUAUUUCCAGAGAAAUCAUAGCAAAGAGGUUCUGGAUCUUAUGGUUCGCAUGCUAGGGUUUUCGGAAGAAGAUAAACAAAGAAUAGGUUUUGCUCAACAUGCUGCGGGCAAAGGUGUUGUUAGAGGAGUUUUGGGUCUACCAGGGCGUCUUGUUGGAGGAAUUCUGGGCGGACACUCGCAAGAAACAUCUACUAAAAUGCCUUCUGAAAAUCAGUCGUUUGCGGACCUGUGGGUCGACUUUCUUCUCAAGGAAACCGAAGAAAGAGAGAGAAGGGAAUCUGCGGAAGCUUCUAGAGUUUCAUCAAACACACAGGAGAAAAGCACCACCAGUCCUAGCACCAGUAAUGCUUCUAAUCUUCCCCCUGUUUAUCCCUCAACAAACCAAACAUUUAGCUCUUCAAAACAAAGCCAACUACUCCAACACCCUGACACCGAAUUCGCGACCGUGCCGCUUACAUCCUCUACGGAUCAAUCGGAACGAAAUCUGCUCUCAAGACCGCCUCCAAGAUACUCGUAUUAGCGCGGGAUGACGCGGCAACGACACAAUGAGAUCCUUGCAGAUGAUAUUACUCGGAAUUUGUUAUAGUAAAUUCGUUCCAUUUGUUAAUAUCUUGUCUGUAAAUCAUAUUCCAAUUGCAUUGAUUUUUUCCCCCCUUUUCCCUGUAAAAAAAGAAAAAGAAAAAAAAAAAAAACGAAGGCAAUUUAAGCAGAUGAGGAUUCUCCUGUUAUUCGACAUAUAGUUCAAUUUGCUGUAAAAUGUGAUGUAGAUUCAAUGUGCCGAAAAAUGUCGAAGAGUUAAUAGAUCACAGCGUGGUGUUUUUGGUUGGGGGGAUUGAAUCGAGAAUUUGUCGGUAACGUUUCCUAUGAUGCGUUCGUGCCGUGGUGGGCUGAUAUAUAUUAAUCAUAAAAUGUGUAAGCUGAUUUGCUGUGA